AUGACGUGGCCGACAUCCGUCAUCAUCGAUACGGUAUUCAUCCCGCUCUACGUGCUCACGCUGGGUGCGAACCUGCGCAAUGUCGUGCACCACGGCCGCAGCCGCUCAGCGAGCUUCGUCUCGCUUCUCCUAGUCUCGCUGCUCCAUCUCGUCGGCAACGUGCUGCUCGUUGUCGAGUACAACCAGCACAACGCGUCGAUCCAAGUCGCGUCGUGGGGGUACACCUUGCAGUCGGUCGGCCUGAGUUUCGUCGUCUCUGCCUGCCUCGCGUUCUACUCGCGCGCGCACACCGAGUUGCAUGGCCAGGAACCGCUCACAGCGAGGAUUGUCAGGCUUGGCAACCUGGUCAACCUGGCUGCGCUCAUCUGCGUCAUCACGGGCUACACCAGUGCGAGCUUCACGGAUGCGCAGGGGCAUGCGCUCGACAAGGUGCACCUCCCCGCACAGGCAAAGGUCGGCGCUGCGCUCUAUGUCGUCCUCGUUGUCGCUGUUCUCGCUCUCGUCCUCUUCGGCCUGCGUGGUGCAAGGGGCCGUACCGAGGCCGCAACAGUCAAGUUCGCCCUGCUUGUCGCAACACCGCUCAUGCUCGUACGCGCAGCUUGGUCCAUCUACACGGUGCAAGCAGGGUCCAUCGUCAAGCCCAACAACAUAUGGGCCAAACUGGUGCUGCAAUUCAUCACCGAGUUCGUCGCUCUCAGCGUGCUGACCGCGUUGGGACUCUUGAUUUCCAAGGUAAAGCCUGCUUUUGAUAUUGAGCACGUGGAAAGCUACACUCCCACAAAGACCGUGUCGCAACCUUUCAACGCACCACAGUCGCUAGCCGAUCAGCAGCAUCAGCAGCAGCAGCAACCUUUCUCGUACCCUCCUCACCACAAAUGA